AUGAGAUUGUGUAAUUAUGUCCGCCGACUGUUUGGCGCGGUGCCCAAUUCAAGCCAGUCACAAUGCCGGACGAAAAUAGGACAUCGGUUAGGAUGUUCCUCUAUCGCAACCUUGUGGACUGGUUCGGUGUACCGACGUGGUUUUGCCGCCGGCAGCGCCGCUAAACUGAACGCCAUAACGUCCGCUAUGCCUGGCAAGAACCGGAUGUUGACGAAGGCUGAGUUGAAAAACUUUCCCGGCCAUCUUCAACGUUACAAGAAGUACGGCGGGUUGCCAGAGUUCCACAACGUGGACCGCAAUAGCCACGGUUUUAUUGCACUGCCCACCGACCGCUUCAUGCUGGUACUCACCACAUCCAAGAACAACGUUCACGCGCAGUUGGUGAACCGCAGCCGCGACAAGCGCACAGUGUUUGGUUCGUUUGCCGGCAAUGUGGGCAUCAACAAGAAGCAGCAGCAGACCGAGCGCUGCGCAUAUCGCAUCGGGGAGAACAUGGCUAAGAAAUGCAAACGUCUAGGCGUCUUCGCCGUUGACGUCAAAUUCCGCAGGCUGAUGCGGAUAGAAACGGUGUUGCAAGCCUUCCAGGCAGAGGGUCUGCAUGUUGGCCAGCUGAUCCACGAGCCUCGCCUCCCCAAGACAGGCAUAAACUCCGUGCGCCCCAGGCGACGCAGGAGGGUAUAA